AUGGGCUUCAAAUCACUCGUCACCAUCUCUGCACUCACAGUGUCUUUUGUGAGCAGCGCGCCGCUCACGCAGAGGCAGGCACCAAGCAAUGUUCCUGACUAUGUACUCAAAUAUGCCCCAGUCGUGUACCUCCAUUCUACAGAAACAUAUUUCCCAACAGACAUCCAGACCUUCCUCGACAACACCACACCCCGUGUGAACUUUACUGAAGUCCCUGGCCCCUCUAAACCUCUGACAACUUCGAACCUCAACCAAAUGGGCAGCGACGUGUGGCUCACCUCAAACGACGACGUGACCAAAGACCCCGCCUGGAUCAAAGGCACCAAGCCAAACGCUCAAGGAAAGACAGACGGCGCAAUAACCGCUGCUAUCAUUGUAAAUGACAAGGGCAACGGUAACGUAGACGCAUUCUAUAUGUACUUCAGCGCAUACAACUAUGGCGGGGAGGUCCUCGGCUGGAGUGCUUUGAACUUUGGCAACCAUGUUGGCGACUGGGAACACACAAUGGUGCGUUUCCUGAAUGGCGAGCCCCAAAGCAUCUGGUACUCGCAGCACGCGAACGGUCAAGCGUUUCGCUACCCGACCGUCGAGAAGUCGGGUGAUAGACCUAUUGCCUAUUCGGCAAAGGGCUCGCAUGCAAACUAUGCCAUUUCUGGUACACACGAUCAUACCAUUCCCAACUUAAACCUACCGGGCGGCGUGCUGGAGGAUUAUACGGAUAAGGGCACGUUGUGGGACCCGUUGCAGAGUGCGUGGUAUUACAAGUUCGACGCAAAAACGACGCAGUUCUCUGCUUAUGACGGUGCGGCUCCGACAGCAUGGUUGGACUGGAGGGGCAGAUGGGGUGAUGAACAGUACCUGACAAGUGAUCAGAGACAGGUCGUCUUGUUUGGUCAGGCCAAGUUCGCUGGAGGGCCGACGGGACCGGUGGAUAAGCAGCUCAACAGGGACAAGGUGUGCCCAGAGAACGGCAAGCUUUGCAUCUUGAGGAGUAUACUUGUACCGAGAACAGAUGCGGGGAAUGUAGUUGAGUAUGGAGACAAGAUCGCUGCCUAA